AUGGAUUCGAUUGAAAAUUACAUGAAAUGUGUCGGCUCUGUUUCGCCAAUACAGGACGAUGGUGCUGAAAACGAACAUUUGGAUGACUCGGCAGAAUGGCAAUCGCUCGAACCUCUCUGGGACAUUUCUGAGUCGGUAAAGCUGGACUUUGGUCAGUUGAACUCUUUAGAUAAUAGAAAUUGUCAGCAUAUCGGACAUAACCAGCAUUUACCGCAUUUAUCCGAAGGAAAUCGGGAACUAAUACAUCGAUGGCAACAACUCGCGUCAUGGUGUGUGAAACAUCCAGAUGAUUCUUGGAUAAAAUUCCAUUUCGAUAAAUUACCUGUAAGAGACUGUAAACGCCACCGUUAUUCAUGUAUACAACAGUGCUGGACCGUUGAUGAUGUGAAAGUGAAAUUGCAUCCGGAGCCCUUUGCUCGAGGCGCAAUGCGCGAAUGUUAUCGCUUGAAAAAACUUGGAUCGCGUGGUAAAAAUGAGGACUGGGACCAUGCACAGAACUAUGUUGCCAAAAAAUACAUAAGAAGUGUUGAUAAAGAAGUGUUGUUCGAAGAUGUAAAGUUGCAAAUGGAUAGCAAACUUUGGGCUGAAGAAUUUAAUCGUCAUCAUCCACCUAAAAAGAUUGACAUUAUUCAAGUAUGCAUUUUGGAAUUUCUUGAUGAAGAUGAAUAUGCAUUUUAUCAUCUUGAACGUUUCGUAGAAGGCGAAUACAUUAAAUACAACUCCAAUUCUGGCUUUGUAACAGAUGUUUGUCGCAAGACGCCUCAGGCCUUCAGUCACUUUACAUUUGAACGAAGUGGGCAUCAAUUGAUUGUUGUCGAUAUUCAAGGAGUGGGAGAUUUGUACACCGAUCCGCAAAUACAUACCGCAACUGGAGAAGGUUAUGGUAGUGGAAAUCUUGGUACGAAAGGAAUGGCAUUAUUUUUCCAUUCCCAUUUGUGCAAUGACAUUUGUCGAUCAAUGUGCUUGACUGAGUUCGAUCUUUCUGAAAGCGAGAGAAAUGCUCUUAAAGGAGGUGGUAAUGUCGAAAGGAAUUGGGGUUCACUGACUAGAAGUAGUAGUAAUAGACCAGCAAGCAUUUGUUCAUCUCUUGUUGAAGAAACAGGUGAUGCUAUGGAAGAGCUGCGACGCAGAACAGCAUCCGUGAACAGCUCAGGAAGACGUUCUUCAGUUAUACAGGUUUUUAUUUUUUCGACAAUAGCAUAUCAUCUGGGCCUAUGCGGGAUUCAUAUAUAUCCAGCUAUGUUUGAACGAUGUUUAGCAUCUUCGUUUUGUGAUGAAAACAGCACUGAUAUGCAAUAUCCUGAUGUGCGAUUUUCUAACGAUUAUUUUGAGCAAAUUGUGCAUGACUCUGAUAAACCUAUGGCUAAAACACGAUUCAUCAGCUCAUGUGCCUCAAAUUUAUUCGAUUCAGCUGAUAGUGAGAUGAAAGAACGAAUACAUCAUGAUCCUCAGUCCGGAAGUUUGAGUAGCUGCAGUGCGAGAAUGACGCGACAUAUUACCCAGGAAGCAGAAAGAGAAGCAUAUUGGUGUGAAAGGCGUAAAUUUUCACGACCAGCGGGGCUCUUAUCGGAAUUGCAAUUCAAAGAACUUUCUGAAUUCUCGCAAAAAAUUCGUGGUACGAAUUGCAUCCUUGGUCAGAUACAUUUGGAUCUUGCGCGUUAUCACGAAUUGGGACAAUUUGUUGAAAAACCAGCCUUCGUUUGUUCCGAGAAAGAGAACGUUUAUUCUACGAAUAGUUGUGAAAACAAAAAGAAUAAAGGUGCUAACCGUUUUGUGUCUUAUACUCUUGUAGCUUUUCUAAAUAAUUAUAUUGAGUACGACAAAAAUGCGGCUUUUUAUCAUCUUGACAUUGCUCGACGCUGUGGAGUUCUUGAAGCGAUAAGUACCAUGGCUAAAAUGGCUUUUGGUCAGUCUCAUGAGCUGCUCAAAGAAGUAGUUUGUGAAGAAGUGUGGGAAAAUGACGAUUUGGAAGGGACUGGUUUCGAGCUUAUGGAAUGUGCUGCAGAUAUGGGCGACCAAUCCGCCGUCAUUUUUGUUGCACAGGCAUAUGAAACGGGUCGUUUUCUGGGACCAAUGAAAAAACCUUCGUGGCCCAAAGCUGUUGCUUGGUAUGAGAAAGGUUUAAAUUUUCUUCAAAGUGCAGAAGCAAACGAAAACGAAACACCUCACGAAGGUGUCCGUCCUCGUUAUGAGUUGCUGGAGCGAAUGGCAGUUAUGUAUAAAGAAGGUGGAUACGGUCUCUUGCAAGACUUAACGAAAGCAUAUGAUUUGUAUACUGAGGCGGCUAUUUCAGCAACGGAAGCUAUGCGAGGAAAACUAGCAAAUAAAUAUUAUGAAUUGGCAGAACAAUGCGUAUAA